AAAGCUACCCAUUACAAACUUCAGCAAAGGUGAAUGAGUGAUCUGAGUGAAGCAAACAACGUCAGUUGAGCACCAAUCGCGCUCUCUUUGACACUUGUCUGUAAAUACUGCCAAUUCUAAUCAAGAAUUUAUUUUUUGGAAUAACUCAAAUGCUGGCCAGCACAUUCCAUCAUGAAAUAGACCGGAACGAUUCAGGAAAACUUGCGACAGGACUAGGAGAUUUAUACAAAGAAACACCCGUCAAAUCAAAACGAAGUUACAAUACUGUCAAAAAAUUAUCAAAAUCACAAGCCAAACAAUUAUGUCUAAUUUGCGGUGAUUUAGCUUCAGGCUUCCAUUACGGCGUUCUCUCUUGCGAAGGAUGCAAAGGAUUCUUUCGGCGGAGUAUAGUGAAGAAAGAAGUUUACCAGUGCAAAUACGAUAGCAGUUGCGACAUUGACAUGUACAUGAGACGCAAGUGCCAACAAUGCCGGUUGAAAAAGUGCCUGACGGUUGGCAUGCGCUCGGAAGGAAAAGUCUCGACGACGGUGAGCAUCGUCAUGAAAUCGGCCAGGGGAAAAGAAACGACCAAACAAAUCAGCGCCGAUGUCGAGGAUCUAAUCAACCGACUGAUUUACUACCAGGCGGAAUUUGAAGUACCCUCCGAAGACGACAUGAAAAACAUUUCGAUGCCAGGAAUGUACGAAUCGGAAACCGAAUUUCAAUUCAAACACAUGACCGAAAUGACGAUCCUGACGGUGAAAUUGACGGUGGAUUUUUCCAAACGAUUGCCCGGCUUCGAUUCGUUACUCCGACAGGAUCAAAUCACGCUACUCAAAGCCUGUUCGAGCGAGGUGAUGAUGUUGCGUUGCGCCCGACGCUACGAUCCCAAAACGGAUUCGAUCCUCUUCGCCAACAACUCGUCGUACACUCGAGAAACGUACCGCAUUGCCGGACUCGGCGACACGGUUGAUUCGAUUUUCCGCUUUGGCAAAACACUUUGCCAAAUGAAAAUCGACAAUGCAGAGUACGCACUUCUCACGGCCAUUGAUAUUUUCUCAGAAUGGCCUGGAUUGGUGGAGGCUAGAAAAGUGGAAAACAUUCAAAAUAUUUACGUUGGAGCACUACAAGAUUACGUGGUGAAUCAACGAACGUAUCGGCCAAUGAACCAUUUAGCUAAGCUCCUAUCGAUCCUGACUGAGUUGCGCACGCUCAGCAACCUUAACUCUCAAAUGUGCAACUCGUUGAAGUUCAAAAACAAGAAACUGCCACCUUUUCUAGUCGAAAUAUGGGAUGUCUAAUUUAUUAGGUGACAAAGAAAUUAAUUUAAUUGAAAAACAAUAUGGGAAUACACUAAUUAAAUAACGCACAAGAGAAAAUGAGGCUUGCAAGUUUGGAAUGGCGACGUAGUAGAGAGGGCAACAACCGAUGUUCAGAAUACAAAUCAAAUUGCGUAUUGUAAUCGUGAUUAAGCAGUUUUACUGCAGAGCUCAAUGAAACCCAUACAAGUCAAUAACCGGUGCGUAUGAAAACUGUUUAAACAGAUGAGUGAUUAUGUCCAAAUCAAAUAUUGUUUUCGAAUAUGCAAAUUGUACAAAUGUGUCCACAAGCUAUUGACUGAUUGUGGUAGGAUGUUCAACCGGGUUUCUAUGUACGUUUUACAUGCAAAUGUUCUUCCCAGUGUCGAUAAAUAAUUUUCUCAGAAAUAGCCACAGUGACGCAUAAUGCACCACAUCGCUAAUUAGGAGAAGCCACCUUGCGCGCUUACGAAUUGCAUAUGAAAAACUACCGAUUGAAACGAAAAAUGAAAAGGUAAAAUGUCCAAGCAUUAAUCAUUAAAUUAAUAAA